GCUGAAGGGUGUUAGCGGAAAACCCGUGACUUCAGUGAUCCGCUAAAAAAAAGUAGGUGAUUUUUGUCUAGCCAUCAAGACAGAAUAGGUCGCAUCACAGACAGCGAAAGUACCCACGAGAACUCUAACUUGUGUUAACUGCACAAUGAUAUGGAAUUUACAGCAAUGGGGGCGGAGGAUUGCAGCAUUCCUUGGCGAUGUAAAGUAGGAUACACUGGAUUGUCCGGGCGAGCCAACUCUCAACAUUUCUAUUUGAUGACAAAGAGGAUGAUGGCCUUCCUCAUGUGUUUUGGCCUGUGGAUGAUGCUGGCUGCCCACGGCCAGGCUGGAAACGUGAAGAACUGCCACCCGAGCUGCAACUGUGAAGUGGAGAACUUCGGCCUGUUCGACAGCUUCAGCCUGACCAGGGUGCAGUGCAGGGGAGUGGGCCAUAGCACCAACCCUAUCCCUAUCCCUCUGGACACGGCCCACUUGGACCUGUCCUCCAACUCCUUGUCUGUGCUGACCGAUGUCAUGCUCUCUGGGCCUGGCUACACCACCUUGGUCAGCCUGGACCUCAGCAACAACUUCAUCUCCAGGGUCAGCCCCAAGGCCCUGUCCAGGCUACGUUAUCUGGAGACUCUAGACCUCAGCCACAACUCCCUGGAGAGCCUGGCCGAAGGCUGCUUCUCUGGCCUCCCCCUUACAGAGGUGGAUCUCAGCCACAAUCUCUUCCGUGAGUUUGACCUGGAUGUUUUCAUCACCAAAGGACACGGAGAGCCAAUAACCGUGGAUCUGUCCCACAACCGGCUCACGGUGGUCUCUAGAAGUUCGUCUAGGAGCCCCUUGUUACAUGUCCAGAGCCUGACUCUAGCAGCCAACCAGCUAAGAGCCGUACCCAAGCUUACAGGCAUCCCACUGAGGGACCUAAGCCUGGAUGGGAACUUAAUCUCCCGCAUUGAUGAGGGGGCUUUUGAAGACCUCAAGGGCCUAGUUCAUCUGUCCCUCAGUGGGCUUCCUGAGCUCUCUGACAUCCAGCCUAACAGUUUCAGAGGGCUACAGAGCCUUCAGGUCUUGGACCUCUCCGACAACAACAAGCUACGAACACUGAGUCCAGUUGUGUUCAGUGGACUUGUGUCUUUACAGGAGCUCAAUCUCUCCAACUCUGGAGUUACAUCAUUGCCAAAUAACAUGCUAAGUCACUUGCCUAAUAUCAAGAGUAUUACCCUGGACAAGAAUAUCCAUUGUUGGAGGACUCGAAAGCAGGGCCAGUUUCACAGGCAGCUUGAACCUGAACAUAUACAUGACAUGGUGCUAACCUGUGAUGUUAGUUGAAUUGUGUUGGGAUUGUGUUUGGAUUGUUGCCUUCACUAUGGACAUCUAACUGGUAUAUUAUUGCUACAAAUCUGCCUUAGAACAGUUUAUAUGCAAGUAACCUUUUUCUGCCAAACUUUGCCAUUACUAUUUGAGCAGUUGUGUUAACAUUUAAAUUAACAAUUUGUAUUUAGCUUUUAUUCCAAAGGGCUCUUCUAUUUAUAAUGAUAAUGAUAAAUUAUAACAUAACGCUUGCCAUGCCUAGACUAAAUCAUUUCUUUCAACUGCAGUACCAAGCUAAUAGUUGCAAUGAUGGAUAACAUCUUACAAUUUUUCAGCCUUCCCUCUUUACAUUUCAAAGGAGAAAAUAAAAUAUUCUCAUCAUCCACAACACUGUAGGGGGAAAAAUGUAUUCAAUGUAUAGCAACCAUCUACAAAAGGAUUUGUGAUUUAGGGCAUGUAGAGUAGCUAAAUCAACAUACAGUGUCAAGAUAAACUUUGUUACCUUAGAACUAAAGGUUGAGUGAAUAUAUAAUUGAAGUAGAUAAGUUUCCAGUUUCAGAAUAAUACAGGCAUCACAGCAUUAUUGUAUAGGACAUCAGACCAGGCCUAGCUGUUGGUUAGGUUUAGCUAAUGUACUUGCUCUUGCAGUAAUAACUAAUAUUAAAGUAUGAUACUUACAAUAUACUUUCAAAGUGAAAAUGCUUCAAAUGAAACUAAACAAAUGUAAUAUUGCAAUGUUUUGACAGUUUAGCGAUCUCUAUUGUUGGAGCUGUUUGUGUACGUCCAUUGGCAUGAUAACAACAAGCCCAAGAUCUUUAGGUCUAGUUAGACCCAGCCACAGUGGUCUGAAACACCUGGUUACUGGCCACAUCAACAUUUGGCCACAGCAUCCAAGUCACAUUAUGCUUGGUUGCAAAGCUAUGUGAGUGAGGAUGUACUUUUUUUUUUUUUUUACUUUUAAUCACCCAGAAUCUGCAUUUCGACUGGUGGUAGGGGUGAUUAAUUAUUUGGCUUCUUAAGUCCCUCUGACUCAAACUCAGUUCUGCUGAGUUUGAGUCAGUGAUUGAUUUUAAUCAGUGAUUGAUUUAGAUCUGGGAAAACUAUCUGGUGGGUGCAAUAAACUAUCAGGUAGAACUCAAACCAGCAAGAUUUAUACCUGAUCUAAAUAAUAUAAACUGUAACAGCAAUAUCAGUAACAGGUGUGGUAUUUUGAGUUACUAACAGUGUGGAUUUCUUAAAAAAAGAUUAUUCAACCAAUGAAAGCACAUGCAAAAAUGCUGCUAUUGAAAGAAAUAUUUCUCAAAACUAUAUUUGCUAAGUGUGUGCUGAGAAAUAUCAUAAUGAUGAUGAUGGGCAUGGUUUUUACAUGUUUUUAGCAAACUAUUCAAGCAGUUUGUUAAUUUUUGUCAGCUUAAUGGUGUAGGAAAUAUUUGUAUUGUUUGAAGUAUUCAUGUUGUAAGGACUGUUUCUGUAGUUAUCAUUUCGAAUAGAUAUCAAUGGUCUAUCUUGUCCUGUCUAUCUUGUUCUGUUACAUUUAUGUGGUUGAAAUAUGAUCUGUAAAAAUCCAUUCAUAAACAAAUGCUUGAAUGUCACCCAAGAUUGUGUUCCCUGCUCCAUUAUGAAAUCAGUUUCCCAUGAUCAUUUGUCUCCCUUUACUUAAGACAGGGACAUGUUUUGUCCUGUAUUUUCAUAUCUCUUACAAAGAAGUAUGUGUUUUAACACACCAUAUAAUUUAAUGCAUUGCCAUUUUUACCCUCUUUCAAAUUGUUUAUUGUACUGGUAUAACUGUGAAUCUCCACGGGCAAAAGUGUAUUGAUAUUCUGUGUGAAAAUUGAAUGUUUAAACACCAGCCUUGGUUACUAUUCCUGUGGUAUAAUAUGGACUAAAAGAGACAAUCAGUCUGAUUCCACAUGGUGUUAUGUAAUGUUAAACGUGUAUAAAAUGUAAUAUUUGUCUACCAAUAGUGUAUAAUGUAUAAAUCUACAAUAAAUGUAUUAUUAUCAA